GUGUGUGACACAGAGGGAAGGAAUGUGUGUUUUCGAAACGUAUUUCUCCUUGUAUUUCUCUCCCUUCUCUGCUCAGACGUGUUCUGUCCCACCACCAACUCACGCUCAAAGCAUGCUCCCCUUCAUGGCAGCGCCAGGCCAGUUUGGUGCGGAGGUCCGGGAGGAGGGCCUCAAAGUGUGGAGGGUGGAGAAGAUGAAGGCAGUGCUGCUGGACCCCUCCGAGGUGGGAGCCUUUUACAACGGGGACUCCUAUCUAGUGCUGGAGAACCGCGGGCAGCUGGGAGCAGACCUCCACAUGUGGAUAGGUGAGCAGUCAUCUCGGGAUGAGCAGGUGGCGUGUGCCAUGCUGGCCACUCAGCUGGACAACUUCCUGAGCGGAGACCCCGUCCAGCACAGACACGUGCAGGGCUACGAGACCCCCGAGUUCAUGGCGCUGUUCCCCAGAGGGGUCAGCUACAAGACGGGCGGUGUGGACUCGGGCUUCAGGAGGGCUCAGGGCUCCGGCACGGUGCAGAGGUUGUACCAGAUCAAGGGGAAACGCAACAUCCGAGCCAGGGAGGUGGAGCUGUCCUGGAGCAGCUUCAACAAAGGGGACUGCUUCAUCCUGGACCUUGGGGAGAUCAUUGUGUCGUGGAUCGGCUCUCAGGCCAACAUGUUCGAGAAGCAGAAGGUGCGUGAGAUCGCCUCGCUGAUCCGAGACACGGAGAGACACGGUAAAGCCAAAAUCAUGGACAGCAACGAGGGGGAGGAGCCAGAGGAGAUGCUCAAGGUUCUGGGAAAGAUGCCCCAGCUGGCAGAGAGCACACCAGAAGAGGACAGCAAAGCAGACGCUUCCAACUCUGCCUCCCUCUACAAGGUGUCUGAUGCCACAGGAUCCAUGACGAUGACCAAAGUGUCAGAGAAAAGCCCGUUUGCCAAGGAUCUGCUGGUUCGUGAUGACUGCUUCAUUCUGGAUAACGGCGCCAACGGGAAGAUCUUCGUCUGGAAAGGUAAAGGAGCAAAUGCUGAGGAGAAGCAGUCGGCCCUAAAGAUGGCGGAUAACUUCAUCGAACAAAUGAAGUACCCCAGGAAAACUCAGGUGGAGAUUCUGCCCCAGGGGAAGGAGACCAUCAUCUUCAAGCAGUUCUUCAAGAACUGGAACUAAAAUGUGACUCAUCCUGCGCACGAGAAGAAGACGCCGUACAUCUGAAAACCGACGGCAUCUGAUACAAAAUACUUUUUUUAUAUACAAUGACCCGAUGUACAUAUUUGUAAGGUACCGAGCACACUGUAGCUCGUUUUGAAAUAGUUAGAAAAGAGAUGUAAUGCCACUUUUAUAAAUGCAAAGUCUAUUCUGUUAGAGAUAAAGAUUAUAAAGUCAGAGGUUUUUUUUUACGAUGCUCGAGUGUCACAGAUUUGCCUGCAUUUGACAAAUAAAACUUGAACUGCUUG